UUCCAAAGGUUGUUUGGUUAAAAUGACUGUUAGAAUGUGUUUCAGCUGUGUGCAGUACUGUGCCAACGACAUCGAUCUGUAGUCGAUACCGAGGAUGUAUAUCAAGAUGAAGAUAACUGUACUGUUUGUCACAUUAAUGUGGGUACAAUUUGCUUCUUCAGUAUCUCAAGACCUGAAGGUUGUGUACACGAAUGGGUCAGCUAUUCCAUUCCACAACAAAACCCUAUGUUAUCAAGAAUGGUAUGACGUGCAAUGCGACAAGGAUUGGUUUGCACCAAUAAGAAACAUAUUUGCGCUCAAAGACCCGGCGUUUUCAUCAGAUAACAAUUGCACUGGCCAGAACACAUACCCAAAACAAUGUUGUAAUGUGGAUCCAACUGACUGCAACUUUACAAGCAUUAAGGACUUUGACCAGAUUAGAAAUGUGUGUUCGGGGAAGACAUAUUGCAAGGGCAGAGAGCGCCGUGGCACCCUGUGUAUGAAAAUAAACCCAACAUGCGCUGCCCAUAUCAACAAGGGUUGACAUCUGUGUUGACAACCCAAUACGUCACAACGGAAUACAUGUGUGCACCAUAUCGAUCAAUUCAGCCCAUGUGUGAAAGGGGACAAAGAUGGGGAAAGGACUGUUUCUGUCGUCAAAAGAUUAUCCCGACUACCAUCCUCAACAAACAGGCUUCAACUGUUCUUGCCAGGUUGUGUUUGGGACCAAUACAACACUGAAGGUUGCAGCGAUUGAUCUACGACUUUGUUCUUCCAGUAGCCGAUGUGGGCGUAUUCUCAACAUAGGUGAUGCCCCGCCAAUCAGUGUCACCAACACAGUGGAGGAGAAGGAUCCCUCCUUACCCGAUUCAAUCUAUGGCAUUGUUGGAAUGAAGGAAAUCUACUCGGUCGCAUCAACAACUGGUCACGUGACGGUGGAACUGACGGAUGUGGAUUCCAAGGAAGACGUAUAUUUAUGGAUGUAUCUGUAUGCAGAAGGUUCCGAUAUGACCGUAACAUGUGAUGAUGUGACUACGUUCACUACAACCACCACAACCACCACGACAACAACUACAACUGCACCAACCACAUCAACCACACCGACUACACCCCAAGAUCCACAACGCCCACAACAACGUCCAAACUUGACGACUCCUGUAACCACGACACCAACUACAACAACUGCGGCUACUACAACUACUAAACACCAAACACCAACUCCAGGCGCUCCAAAUAAAGCCGAGAACAAUAUCGGCUGGAACUAUGCGCCAGUGUGUAACUGUGAACGUGUAUCAGCUCUAUCAAGGAAGCUUUAUUAUAUCGAGCUGGCAUCAUCCGCGCUCGGAGGUAUUGUCUUCACUGCAAUAUGCUGGUGCAUGUAUUCUAUGUGGCACAAGCAUAAAAAGGCCAAAAAGGCCAAAGCCCUGAGAAGGAGGAAAGUCUCUGACCAGUUUCCCAUGGACGGAGGCAGAAAGAACUACUUCAACAACGACACACGGAGUGUCUACAGCAUCGAGCCAUGUGACUCAGCUUCUCAGGUAGGGGUUGCAAAGCCACGCUAUGUGAACUAUCUCAACAGAAACCAGCAAGCAGCCCGACAAGCCCAGAAAGCAAACCAGAGAGGAGCUAACCAAGGUGCCCCACGGAAAGUAUCUAUUACGCAUGAUGUCCCUAAUGAAUACGAUGUGAUAGAUGAGGGUCGCACGAAGACAAAUGACGAGGAAGUGCAGUCGAAGGAUGAUAUCAUCAACAAGCUGGCUGAUAAGUUCAGUGCAUAUCCUGACUUAGAGAAGGUAGUACGGCAGCAAGCUAAAGAACGUGUCAAUUGCCAUUAUGAGACUGAUAUUAAUGAUGAUACUGACAUCAAGAUUAUCCUCGGCGGCUUUGGGUUGGAAAUACUAAAACAAACCUUGUCAGACAUGGAAUCACAAGAUCAAAGUUGUCCGUCUUAAGUGCUAGCUAUUGGUUCAUGUAGAACACAACUAGUCAUGUACGUGGUACAAACGAUCCCUAAUCUGCCUUCACUACUUUUGUACCUUCUUUGUAAUGCAUUACCUUCACUUAAUCGUACUUGGCCCACAUGUGUCUUAAUCGUUACAGAGUAAAUAGGCCUAUUCAAGAUCGCGCAGUAUGUGGUAACUGAUUGCUGAUUAUGAGAUGCUGAAUGCUUAGAAAUAAUGUCGUUUAUAUUACAUAAUAGUUAUGUGACUAAAUUGGGAAGCUCAGGUUUAGCUUAUCCUGCCCCGUGCAAGCAUGUAUGCUACAGAAAGAUACAAAGAUCAUCUCGCUACUUACGAUUGAUUUUUCUGGAUGACCUACGCAUGGUCAUAAUAACACAGGUACUUCAACACUUGUGAUUAACUCGAAUUAAUAAAACACCUUUUAGAAAACACGACAUGUGCUACUGAUGAUUGCUGGUAACACAUGUCUAAGGUGUUCGUCAAAGUAUACAAGUGGUCCACAAAAAAAGCGGGAAGACAGUUUUCUCCUGUUUGCAACUCGGCGUCAUAGCUUCCUGAGUCCCCCACUCACGGGCUGAUCUGGGGUAUUGUUGAUCUGGGGUAUUGUUGAUCUGGGGUAUUGUUGAUCAAAUAUUGUUUGUUGGCUUUGUGUGGCACAGCAAUGUUUUGUUCACGGAAUAUGGUAAUUCAACAAAUGCACACAACUUGUACGUAUUAUCUUUUAGUGGUGAUCGUUAGCAGUAGCGUAUAAUAAUGGACAUGUUUCAUCAUGUAAUGUAUAUUAGCUGUUGUUUUUUGUGCAUAUCCAUAUCGCUGAAGAUAACGAGAUGACGUUAUUAUUGUGAGUCAUCUGCUGAUUUCUUGCGUCACGUGUUCCUGCUAUGCAUGUACUUUAGAAUUGGAAAAAAUAAAUGAUCGAAACUAA